GACAAAAGUUGGUUAGGUGAGAAGAGGUCAUUCAUCGGGUACUUGUAUGGACUGCAUAAUAUUAUUAAGUUUGCAUUUCAUACCAUACCACAAGAAAAUAAAAUUUUAUGUCCUUGUAAAAAUCGUAAAAAUUGUAGUUGGGAUAAUCGGGAGGAUGUUUUUGAGCAUUUAUUUUAUGAUGGAUUUAAUGCAAGAUAUAAGAAAUGAAUUUUUCAUGAGGAAUAUCUUCAAGAAAACCAUUUGAUAAAAAACAUAAAUAUAACUUACACGAUGAUUUGGAUAUGUUGCUAGAUGAUAUUUUAAUUGCGACACAAUUUAUGGAAAAUGAGUUUGAUGAUAUUUAUGAAGACAAUGAUGGUGAAAGUUUUUACGAGGAUACAUCUAGGUUUGACAAAUUAGUAAAUGAUGUCAACCAAGAAGUAUAUUCCGGUUGUAAAAAUUUUACUAGGCUAUCAAUCACUAUCCAUUUAAUGCAUAUUAAAAAUCUUCAUGGUUAGAGCAAUGUUGUCUUUUAAUAUCUUGUUACAACUUCUAAUAGAAUUGCUUCCUGAAAACUCUUGUCUACCAUCAACUUUCCAAGAUUUCAAGUUUAUCAUUAAGUACUUAGAUAUUAGUUAUGAGAAAAUUAAUGUUUGUCCUAAUGACUGUAUCCUAUAUCGGAAGGAGUUUGAGAAUAAAAACACAUAUCAUAAGUGUGGUGCUUCUAGGUAUAAAGAACGCGAGGUUCCAAAAUCUAAGAGAAAAGUAUCUUGCAAGGCCAUGAAAAAAAGGAUGAGUGAUCUUGCUCAAAGCUUAGGAAUGCCACCGGGGUUUGGUGAUGGGUUGAAGUGAUGACAGUGAGGAAUGAAACCUCAAUUAUGGAUUAGCAAUCUUGUUUAUACAGUGAAGAUGGAGUUGCAAAAAUGUUAUUAAUUCUUAUUUCAUUGUAACUACUGACAAUCUAGCAUGGUUUGGUGAUGUUAUAGACUCUUUUUGUCUCCUCUAGUAAUGAAUCCUUAUAUUUGGUGAUUCUCAAUGUUAUUUUGGUCCAAAAUUAUUGUACUACA